AUGCAAUUAGACAUACAAAUAGUACGGAUAUUCAACAGUGACUCAUUUUUCUUUUUGUCUCUCUCACUUCUUUUCUUUCUUAGUCUAGAUAUCUAUUGAAUUUCUACAUUAUUCGGAUAUCUACAAAUCAUUUUCAUAAUUCCAAUCCAUUUAUCUGGAAAAAGCUGCAGACACCACUCUCACACACAAGGAAUUGAUGCAAUUUAGCUUCAGAAAAUUUCCCAAAAAGUCAAAUAGCUUUUCAUGACCUCAUAAAAGUGCUUUAAAGUAAUGAUAAUGAGCAAACAUACUAUAUAUAAUUGGCUUCAGUGAUCAAAUUAUUUUUAUAUAGCAAGAGCCAAAGAGGUAACUCAUUCAGCUUAUGGAUUCAGCUACUUGUUAUUGUUCAUGGCUGCAACCCUUCUUCCUGUUAGCAUUGGUUUGGUUUUUUAACUGUGGAGGUGUUCAGGGGGCAACCCCUGCAGUGAAAGUGGGUAACUUAUCAAAGGUGGAAGAUGCUGUAAACUUUCAUAUUUACUAUGGCCAGACCUUCAAAGUCAUUAAAAAUGCAAUUGAUGGCCAGAGCUACCUUCUUCUCCAGAACAAUUCAAGAAUUGCAUCAAGGACUAAAUAUUGCACGUCAAGAAUCAAAUCCUUUAUAAUACCAUUGUCAAACUUUUCUGUUGAUACAGAUUCAUUUCCUGUUUCCUUCGUAGAGCUUUUAGGCUUACUUGAGAGCUUAAAAGGCAUAACCUCAGACACUGUGGCUUCUCCAUGUGUGUUGAAAUUGUAUGAAGGAGGACAGAUAGAAAUGUUCAACAAAAGCGAUGUUCAAAAGCUUGCGCAGUUCGCUGCACACUUCUUCACUGACCUUGACACUGAUCAACAUCCAUCUUGUAAUUUUGCAACUUUUGUUCCUUUUGCAGAGGAUACCCCUUUGCAGAGAGCAGAGUGGAUCAAGUUCAUGGGAGCUUUUGCAAAUGUUGAAGCUAGAGCCAAUGAUGUCUAUAGUACAGUUAAGCAGAACUAUUUGUGCUUGGCUGAAAUCGCAAAAACUAGGACAUCGUUCAAGCCAACAGUAGCUUGGAUGAAGUAUGAUACGGGUGUUUGGUCUUUUACAAAGGAUGGAUAUCAGUUGAAGUAUGUGGAAGAUGCAGGCGGAGCGAAUUUGGAUGACUCUAUGAGCAAGCACACAUACAAUAUCUCUGAUCCUGAUGACUUAGAGGAAUUGCACGCCAUCCUAUGUACUGUGGAAGUAGUGAUUGAUGAAACAUUAACUUCUGAUCCAGUCAACUACACGCUAUCAACAUUCAUCCAAAACCUGAAUGUUGAAGAUCGUUCUUGUUUUUCCUUUCUUACAAACACAAGCCUAUGGAGAUAUGACAAACGGAUUCAAAACUAUACAGCUCUUGAUUGGUAUAAUGGAGCAGUCUCCCAACCUCAUUUGGUACUAGCAGAUCUUAUUGAAGUUUUAUUUCCCACUGGAAAUUACACCAUUACAUAUUUUAGGAACCUUGCAAAGGGGGAAACACCCAUAGUUAUUGGCCCUGAAAUGUGUGACAGGGACGCUUCCUCAACAAUGGAUCCUACCAUAGUAGCAUGUGGAUGAUUAACUUUCAAGUUCAAAAAUAGGUAUAUUCUUGUUAAAAAUAUUCAAUCUUUUGAAAUUCAGGAUUUUUAACAUAGGAUCUUAGAUCUAUACUUCUGUUUUGUUUGUACUAGUAUUUACAGUCUACGAGGAGUAUUCAUAUUUUUUAGGAUGGAGACACAAGUAUUCUAUUAUCUAAUGAGACAAUUUUACUUGAGCCGCGAAGGACACUAUGAGUGGUAAAACCGAAUGUUAAUGUAGUUGUAUUUAUAUAGAGUCGAAUCCGAGAUAUCUAUUUGAAUUAGAA